UGUGGGCUCACGAAAGCAAAAGAAUCAAAAUUUUCAAGACCGAGGGAAAAUUUACAAUCGUUUGUAAAGAUUAUACUUGGUCAAAAUGAUGGAAUACGAGUACGAAAUAGACCCCAGGGGUUUACAAGGUAAACCAGGAUCAGUUGUCUUGAAAAAAGACAAACAAAAUUUAAUCGGAAUAAGCAUCGGAGGAGGAGCUCCUCUGUGUCCAUGCCUUUAUGUGGUUCAAGUGUUUGACAACACGCCAGCGUCCCGAGAAGGCGUUCUUCAAGCUGGCGAUGAAAUUGUUGGAGUAAAUGGAAAAUCUCUGCGAGGAAAGACGAAAGUCGACGUGGCCAGGGCUAUUCAAGCAGUCAAAGAUGAAGUGACAAUCAACUAUGUCAAAUUACAUGCUGAACCAACAGAAGGAAAAACAUUGGACAUCAUCAUGAAGAAAAUGAAGCACCGGAUUGUAGAGCACAUGAGUUCAUCCACAGCAGAUGCUUUAGGCCUCAGCAGAGCAAUUUUAUGCAAUGAUGGUCUGGUAAAGAAGCUAGAGGAAUUGGAGCAAAAUGCCAAUAUUUACAAGGGUCUUCUGGAUCAUGCAAGACAGUUUCUUCAAAGCUUUUAUAACUUAGCACAGACACAUAAGGAACUUGGAGAGAUAUUUGCUUCCAUUGGCGUGCGAGAAUUACAACCAAAUGCGAGUGAGGCAUUUGCAAUUUUUAGUGAGGCUCACAGGAACUUUGAGAAGCUUGGACUAGAUUACUUGAAGAAAGUCAAGCCCAUGCUAAGUGAUCUAAACACCUAUCUUUCCAAGGCAAUCCCAGACACCAAACUAACCAUCAAGAAGUAUGCUGAUGCAAAAUUUGAGUAUCUGUCUUACUGCCUGAAAGUCAAGGAGAUGGAUGACGAAGAGUAUGCCUAUGCAGCAUUACAUGAAUCACUUUACAGAGUGGAGACUGGAAACUAUGAUUACAGGGUGGUUUUGCGUUGUCGUCAGUUAGCAAGAGAAAGAUUUGCAAAGCUACGAUCAGAUGUUCUUGUGAAGCUUGAGCUUCUCGACCAAAAACAUGUGCAAGACAUCGUUUUUCAACUUCAGCGGUUUGUCGCAGCUGUAACAGAGUACCACGAGAACUGUUACUCUGUGCUAAAGGAGGCCAAUGUAUUCCCCAUUGAGGUCGAUUUAACCAGAGGAGCACUCGGAAACACGCUGAAAUAAAUUGGAUUUCUUUGGACUCGAUGACAAGGAAAAAAUGAUACUAUCAUUCCCAAAAUGACAACCAACCAAAAAUGGAUUGCAGUGGAAUUAAGGAGUUGGUGAAAACUGGUGUAGCAAUAAAUUUAUGUGGUUGCGUGUCAUUUGAGGGAUCUAUUGGCGGCCCAGGUUACUCUGAGUGCUGCCACGUUCUUAUUCUAUGUCGCCAUUGCUAAGUUUAGCAACUUUUGAGAAGCCGAUAAGAAUAUCUCGGCCUGACUGCUAGUUGGAGUUUCCACUCGGUUUUAGUUUAUGCUAUUUUAGGCAAAUUUUGUAGGCCUUGUUAUGCUCAUUUUAGAGAGUCAAGGUUUUCAACCGAUUAGAACUUCCAGUUCUGACAGAAAAAAAGGGUUGGAGAAGUUUUAUGACCCGUCUUUCUGAAAAAGGCGCAAAAGUUAGCGUCGUCCGUUUUCUUAAGUUAAUAGUUGCCAUAAUUAACUAUUUGAGUGAAGUCUCAAAUUUUUCAUUCUUUUCAAAUCUUCAGACAAAUAUGGUUAUUUUAAGACCAAAUAACUGUGCUUAAUUGCAUUCUGUACUUGCAGUUUCUUUGGUUUAAAUUGUCGACAAUUUGUACCUUAUCCAGUUUUAUUGGAAUUUCGUUUUUGACAAAGGUCUCAUGUGGUGAGGAUGGGUGGAAAUAAACGCCAACACGACGACGAUGAUGACAACAACAGUUGUCAUAACAGUUAUGGAAAGAAAUAGUGCGUGAUUGCUUAAAGGAGCUAUGUCACAGUUUGCACAUCUUGAAAAGUUUAGCCUACAUUUUUCAAGUCUGUCGUUUGUAA